CCUUUUCCUUCCUCCCCUCCAGGUCACCAUGGAGUAACAAGUACGACCCUCCUUUGGAAGACGGGGCCAUGCCUUCUGCUCGGCUGAGAAAGCUGGAGGUGGAAGCCAACAAUGCCUUUGACCAGUAUCGAGACCUGUAUUUUGAAGGCGGCGUCUCCUCUGUCUACCUCUGGGAUCUGGAUCAUGGCUUUGCUGGAGUGAUCCUCAUAAAGAAGGCUGGAGAUGGAUCAAAGAAGAUCAAGGGCUGCUGGGAUUCCAUCCACGUGGUGGAAGUGCAGGAGAAAUCCAGUGGUCGCACCGCCCAUUACAAGCUGACCUCCACCGUGAUGCUCUGGCUGCAGACCAACAAAUCUGGCUCUGGCACCAUGAACCUCGGAGGCAGCCUGACCAGACAGAUGGAGAAGGAUGAGACCGUGAGUGACUGCUCCCCGCACAUAGCCAAUAUCGGGCGCCUGGUAGAGGACAUGGAAAAUAAAAUCAGAAGUACGCUGAAUGAGAUCUACUUUGGAAAAACAAAGGACAUCGUCAAUGGGCUGAGAUCUGUUGACGUAAUCCCCGACCACCCCAAGUUUCAGCAGCUGCAGAGGGAACUUUCCCAAGUGCUGACCCAGCGCCAGAUCCACAUCCAGCCUGAUAACUAAGCCGACGCAGGUCUGUGCAGACUUUCGCAGACAAAUCAAAGCAAGAAGCUCUUAAGAACGACCUGGUGGAGGCCUUGAAGAGAAAGCAGCAGUGUUAGAGCUCGGCUCCACGCUCCCUGGACACGCCACGCGCUCGUUAGAUUCCUUUCUUAGAGAACUCGUCUUCUGCUCCCUUCCCUCGCCCCUCGCCUCCCCACCGGGUCCCGUAACACUGGCUUCACCGGGCCGCACGGCGCCAUCUCUCCCUGAGAAUAAAGCCCAGUAAACACCCUC